GAAGUGAGCUGCUUGCCCCUGCCUCCCAGCCGGCCCCCGCGGCCCCCGCCGACCUAGGGAGCCCGGAACCUGUUUUGGUUUGGAAUCCGGGGACCACUGUUUGCGCUCCGUGGUCUUGGUUUCCUGGCGUGGAGGAAGCAGCCAGGGCCGGCAAGGCAGUGAUGGAGCCGGAGCCCCUCUACAACCUGCUGCAGGUCCCCGGGAGGGUGGACCCACCGCCCGGGGAGACACUCUCACAAGGAGAAAAGAAGAAGUUCCUGCCACCCACUUCCAGGAAGGAUCCCAAAUUUGAAGAACUGCAAAAGGUGCUGAUGGAGUGGAUCAAUGCUGAGCUCCUGCCCGAGCACAUCGUGGUCCGCAGCCUGGAGGAGGAUAUUUUCGACGGACUCAUCCUGCACCACCUUUUCCAGAAGCUGACUGGAGUCAAGCUGGAUGUGGAGGAGAUCGCCUUGACCGCGGCCAGCCAGAGGCGCAAGCUCGCGGUGGUCCUGGAGGCCGCCGGCCAGAACCUGCAGGUGGAGGAGCCGCAGGCCAAGUGGAGCGUGGAGAGCAUCUUCAACAAGGACCUGCUGGCCACCCUGCAUCUCCUCGUGGCCCUGGCCAAGCGCUUCCAGCCGGAGCUGUCCCUCCCGACCAAUGUCAAGGUGGAGGUGAUCAUCAUGGAGAGCACCAAGAGUGGCCUGAAGUCGGAGAUGGCGGUGGAGCAACUCACUGAGUGUGGCACAGACAAGGACCAACCUUCGAAGGACGUCUUUGAUGAAUUAUUUAAGCUGGCCCCGGAGAAAGUGAACGCUGUGAAAGAGGCCAUCGUGAACUUCGUCAACCAGAAGCUGGACCGCCUGGGCCUGUCCGUGCAGAAUCUGGACACCCAGUUUGCAGAUGGAGUCAUCUUACUCUUGCUGAUUGGACAACUGGAAGGCUUCUUCCUGCACUUGAAGGAAUUCUAUCUCACUCCCAAAUCUCCUGCGGAAAUGCUACACAACGUCACCCUGGCCCUGGAGCUGCUGAAGGAUGAAGGCCUUCUCAACCACCCCGUCAGCCCCGAAGACAUAGUGAACAAGGACGCCAAGAGCACACUGCGGGUCCUCUACAGCCUGUUUCGCAAGCACAAGCUGAAAGAAAGCGCGGACGGGGUGCCCCUGGAAUCCCCAAAUUAACCGUCACAGCCCCCAAAAUCUGCUUCUCAGAACCUGCCUGCCAGGCCCAGCUGGAGGUCCUGAGGGCCACAGAGGGAUCUCCUCCCCGUCCAGCCAGCCCCUGGGCCUCCCACUCUUAUCCUGUGUGCCUGCGGCACGCCCCAGCCCCCCUUCCCUCUCUGCUGUUUCCAUCCGUCUGAAUAUCUU